AUGUCUUCUCCGAACACUCGUGCCAAGAGCUCCUCUUCUUCACGCUCUCCUGCCUAUCUCACUGGACAUGCGAUUGAGGUCUGUAGCUGGCUUCAUCCCUAUGCGUGGAAGAAUCUAGAUGAAAACGUGCUUCAUUUGUUUGAAAACACCCUCAUCUUAGGUCCUCACUGGUUUGGCUCCGUGUCGGAAGAAAUGGCUGAUCUGUUCGAGGAAGAUGCUGAGGCCCCUCUGUGCCUUCAAAGUCCCGUGGUUCUGUCCUCUCAUACUUGGGUUUGCAAGAACUUGAGUCGUUCCUAUCCUUCGAGUGAAGUGAGGAACAGUGCAGUGAGGUGGUCUGAUUGGAUCGACAGACUUCUUCCAAGGCAUGGAACUUAUUAG